CAUUGGAAACCGAACAUUAAAAACAAAAACUUAAAAUGGAAAUAAACUUUAUGUCUAUUUUGUGAAUAGUUGGUCUCAAGGAUAGAGAGCAUGUCCAGUAAUAAACAUCACCCUAUCCUAUCGCCGUCCUGGACAUCAUCUCUAUCCUUGAACCCAAUUAACAGGGAGUGGCAGGAUCUGUAUGACUAGGUAGACCACGUGGAAAUCAUGGAGUCAGCUCGACAUAACAGAACAACUGCAGCAGUGCAUCAAACACAUGCGAAAUGCAAGCGAAGGCACUCAUCUUUGUCUUCGGACUCUAGCAGUUUGGAACGUGUAAAGUGCUCACGAAAACGCAAAUCUCAUGGCUCUAGCAGGGACAGGAGUGAGAAAGUGACACACGACCGGCGUAGCAGAUGCACAGCAGAGAUAAGUUCUGAUAUCAUCAUCAGCAGCAGCCGUCGCAGCAACAGCAGCAGCAGCCAUCGCAGCAGCAGUAGCAGCAGCAGCAGCAGCAGUAGCAAUAAAUCUGAUUCUAGUAAUGAUAAGCAGAAGAGGCGCAAGCGAAAACGCAAGUACUCAAGCUCUGCUGGAUCAUCAAACUUGGACGAAAGACGGGCAUCAGAGCCAAAAAAGAAGAAAAAGCACAAGAGUAAACAGAAAAAGAAGAAGCACAGCCACAAUACAUCGGCAAGUUAUCAUAGUUCCGAUAACAAAAAAGCGGCGAAAGAAAGUCGGAAAAAACGUAAGAAAAGAGAGAAAUUAAAACGGAAAGAGAAAAAGAAAGAAAAGAAGAAGUCACUCAAGCAGGUGGGCAAGGAGCAGACACACCCGCAUCCUCUGCCGAAUAUCCCGCUUGUUAAAUCUAAUGUGCCACAGGUGGCGCCACCUACUGCUCCAGAGAUUGAGGAAGCAGAACGAGCACGAAAAGUUCGUGCACCAAUGACAAAGGAAGAGUAUGAUAAGCAGCAGAGUAUUGUGAGGCGCAUGUAUGAUCCUGAGACAGGAAGGAGUCGGCUGGUGCGUGGCGAGGGUGAGAUCAUAGAGGAAAUAGUCAGCAGAGAGCGACACAAGGAGAUAAACAGGCAGGCAACACGUGGGGAUGGGAUGUCAUUUCAGAUGGGACUCGGACUCCACAAAUAUUGCUGAUGUUUAUGAUAGCUUUUAUUGCGUGAUGGUUUUGAAUAAUUCGACAAAUUAGUUAAUAUGCGAGAAAUGUUCAUUUGAUAUUACUUGGUUUAACUAUGUGAUUGUUUACUAGAAAUUGUGUUUGACAUUGCAUAAAUGCAUUUAGUUGUGAUAUAUAUAUUGCAUUGCAGCUUUAGUUAAGCAUUUUUUUAAUUAUCAAUUACGUAAACAAUCUUAAUUGUUUGAAUAGUUUUAAGUAAUGUAUCACGGUAUUUUCCUACAAAAUAUACCACGACUCGGAUGGUAAAUGUAAUGUUUACAUCUUUCAUAAUUGACUUGACAAAUGUCAGAGUUCUUAGUACAAACCAUGUUUAUUGUACGCAAUAAAUAUAAUACUUUGAUAACACA